GCGCCACCCCCCGUCUGGGGACCCGCGCGGGGUCCGCGGGGCGGGGCCAGUCUCUCAGCCGCCCCUCCAUCGCCGCGGGCCUGGUGCCCGUUCCCGGGGUUGCCCUUCCCUGCGGGCCGCGUGUGAAUCGGGACCCCCGCGACACCCCUUUCCAGUACUCCCACCCCAGUCCCGCUUGACCGACCCUGGGUCCUAGUCGAGUACCCCCACCCCCAAUUCUAGAAGGCAAAUCCUGCUUUUCGAAGCCGAGACCUCAUAAUGCCAGAGGGAAGAAGACAAGAGGAGCAGACUGGGGGGGUCUCAGCAAAGCUGGUUCCCAUAGCCCCCCCCACCAGGACUGCCGUGUGUCCCCCCCCCCCCAGAGAGUCAGCGUCACUGCUGUCCUUCCACUGUGCCCCCAGUAGGCAUGCCUCUGGCUCACAAGUGUGACCAGGUUGUGCUCAACGCUGACAGGCUCAAAGAGGAUGAUGUGACCAUGAGGCUGAGUAGGUGUGGGCAAGCAAGCUAGCAGAGGAGUGGAUGGAGAGGGGGACAGUCGUUGGGAGAAGGGUCCGAGGACAGGACUCAUGGACAGCUGGACAGGGUGAGGGGUAUGCGGAAGGUCCGACAGACAGCUGGACAGGCCAGUGGGGCAACCCACGAGGACACGCACCCGCCCAGGGUGGGGUGGCCCUUUCCGGCAUCCCAUCAGGUCAGCACGUGCCCUGCUGUCACGUAUUUGUGUGCUAACCUGACCCCACCCAGCAUGGAGGCCCCAUUCCUUUCUGUUUCCUCAAGCCGGGCUUCCCUGAUUCCCUGGUGUCUACCCUCUCUCUGCCUGUGGGGAACCCUCAGGUGAGAGAAAGGACAGAGGACGUGUUGGCAACUACUGGGCGGGGGGCCACAGCUGCCGGGGACCUGCACAGUGCCACCCCCCGACCUAACCCAGCUACCACGUGGCAGGCUAGCACUCCAGUGACCAGCACUGGGCCCUGUGCCUGACCCUGGACAGUCUCAGCCUCUUCUGGCCACAGCCCCUCUGCUCUGUCCAGGCCGAACUGCACCUGGCUAUGGGCCUUGCCCCGCUCCUUCAGAGAGGUCGCUGUUCCUGGUGACGAAGCCCACGCGGGCAAAACAGACUGGAGCAGCGUAGCUGUCCCAUGGGGCCCGACUUUGCUGCUCUGUGUGACCUCAGGCUAGUGUCUGGGUCUCAGUUUCCAAAGCCAUUUAUGGAGAGCGGGUGUGGGAGGUGUGCAAGUGAGCAGGUGCCUGACGGGAUGGGCAGCGAGAGCCUUAUGGGCUCUGGUUAAGAUGGACAACUGAGAGAGCCCCGGUCAGGGGAGGGCUAGGCGCCCAGCCUCGGCCUCCCUCCGGGGCUGCUCAGCUUCCCACCCGCCCGCUGGGCGAGCACCCAAGGAGGCACCAGCCACCAAGCCCCACCCCUUGCCCCGAGGCCCCGCCCCUGGAGUGAGGUCCCGCCCCCUCAGGCCCACCUCCCGAGCCCGCCCAAAUCCGCGCCUCCGGGGCUCCGGCGGUCAGAGCUGAGCGGCCUAGGCCGUGUCCUGGACCGUCCGGAGCAAGCAGACCCCGAACCGGGUCUUUAGAGAAACCUUGGAACGCGGAGGCUUCUGGGGAAUAAAGUUCCCACCGGCCACCCUAGGCCUGUUUCACGCAUGCGCCAGCUUCCGCCUCGCAGCAAGGGGCGGAGUCUGUAGGGGCAGUGGGUGGGGCUUCUAGAGCCUGCGCAAUGAGCGUCUGUCGUACACCUGCGAAGUCCGAGGGGCUCGGGGCCCGCUUCCCUUCACACCCGGUGCCGCAAAGGUGGAAAUCGUGUCCGGACCGGUCUGACUGGCCUCAUGCAGGCCACCCCGGUCACGCUGGCUUCUGGGCCACCUCUGAUUUGAUCCCGCCCUUCCUGGGGGCUCCGUUGGGCACCAAAGACUGGGGGCGCAGGUCCUUGACCCACCCUACUGCCCUAAUCGCUCCGAGGGGUGAAGAUCACCAGUGCCAGGCCCAGACCCAAGUACUCACAUCCAUUGUCAUCCCGUCACACACAGACACACACACACACACACACACACACACACACACACACACACGGCGACCCUGUGUGGCAGGUGCUACCUGCCAACUUACAGAUGAAAGUGGGAGACGCUGGUGGGGUGGGGAGCUGGUGGUGGUCCCUGAGCGCGCCAAGAGAAGCUGCAUUUUCAGAAACGAGCUACAAACAACACUUGCGAAUGAAGCCCCUGUCGUCGCCAAUUGUAAGGAGGGAAAAGGCAGCUGCCAGUUGCUUGCCUCACAGGCGCUGGGACCUGGCCCACAGGACGAGAGGGGACACCGCUGCCAUCAGCACUGCAGGCUGGGCCAUGGACCCACAUGAGAUGGUCGUCAAGAACCCGUAUGCUCAUGUCAGCAUCCCUCGGGCUCACCUGCGGCCUGAUCUGGGGCAGCGGCUGGAGACGGCUCCUCCUUCCUUGGGGUCCCAGCCUCCGCCUGUGGGAUCCUGCACCUCGGAGCCCACCGGGCUCCUGCAGCCCUCCGAGGAGGCUCCGGGGAGCAAGGGGGCCAAGGGGACCACCCGGGUCCAGGGCCAGCAGAGCUGGCAGCAGCCCUGCAACCCCUACAGCGGUGGGCAGCGCCCGGCAGGACUGACCUACGCUGGCCUGCCACCCAUCGGGCGCGGGGAUGACAUCGCCCACCACUGCUGCUGCUGUCCCUGCUGUUCCUGCUGCCACUGCCCUCGCUUCUGCCGCUGCCACAGCUGCUGCUGCGUCAUCUCCUAGCCCAGCCCCUGCCGGGCCGAGGGGCCUCCCGCAGGACCCCAACAUGGCUCAGGCAGCCACAGCGGUGCCCACAUGUUUGGGGCAGCCACUGGACCGUUGUCGUGGGAGGUGGCCACUUUCCACCCUGGAUAGGACUAUCUCCCCGCCACAGAGGCCAACAGCCCAGCUCCGGCCCCUUGAAACAGAGCCCUGGGCACUGGCUGUAAUGGCAGUCUUGGGGACACCCUUGACCACCUCCCUCAGGGCCCGCAGCCCCGGCAAUAAAUCAGAGUGACCUUUG